AUUUCUGGGGUCACAAUGGCGAGCAGGCCUGCCGCUGUAGCAUCAAGCCAGCGGCUGGAGGGUAUUCGAAAGUGGUACUACAAUGCUGCAGGGCUCAACGGACUGAGGUUGAUGCGAGAGGAUACGGUACGUGAGGACGACGAUGUGAAAGAUGUAAGAAGGCUUCCUGAAAACCUUUAUAAUGACAGGAUGUUUCGCAUUAAGAAGGCACUGGAACUGACCAUGAGGCAUCAGAUCUUGCCUAAAGAGCAAUGGACAAAAUAUGAGGAGGAUAAAUUCUACCUUGAGCCAUAUCUGAAAGUAGUUAUUCGGAAAAGGAAAGAGAGGGAGGAAUGGGCAAAGAAGUAAUCAUGGAGUUGAAAACUGGAUGCAGCUGCUCUCAAAGUAUUUUUAAGAAGUUAAAUACACAUGAAAUGUACAAUUUAGAACUGAGCUGCAAAUGUAUUGCUUUAAAUAG